CGCACGCACGUCACGCACAAACACACACGGACAUAUUUUAAGUAUGUAUGUUUGUAUACUCUGUCUGAGGAAACAUACUGAUCAAUUCAGUCACACAGACACUGAGGCACACAGAUAUACACAGAAAUCAUAUAAACACAAACAAUUGCACACGCAGGCAGACAUACACAAUAUUUUAUCACAAGCUGCAAGAAAGACACCACUGCUGUGUCACAUCAGUAAACACAAGAACCCUGUUUCCUGCAAACAAUGAGAAUCCUUAGAGUUUUAUACGAAAAAAAACGGGCAAACUGGAUUUUAAGCAUGCAUUCCUUCAAAAAUUUGUUUUAUAUCCCUUGUAGUACCUUGGCGAUAAUCAGUUUACAGAUAUUUUAAUAUUUAAAUAAAUUUGAAUUAGUUAUAUGACAUCCAUUUUGUGGAUGAAUACAAAAAGAGUUCAUGCUUUUCUACUAAAUAAUGUCUCAAAAUAGGAUAAGUUAUGGAUAAGCUAGAAGAGAGUAGGAAUAAAAAAUAAUAAGACGACGAAGAAGUGUGGAUUGUUUUAAGAAAAGGACCCCAGUUUUUUUCUGCUGAUUGCUUAAAGGUGUGAUUAAGUUCCAUGCUACCAGGGAGAAGCAUUUUGGGAACAUAAAGUCACGUAUAAUAUACAGAAUAGUUUACUUCUGUCAUACAAUAAUAAGCAAGUACGUCGUCAGUCAAGCGCGAACUGUGAUAGAUAGACACAAUGCUAAGGAAGUACACAGCAUGUCAGGAAAAGGAAAUCCAGAUUUUGCCUGUCACAGACGAUUGUGAGCUUAAUUUGGCUGAGUUUGAGUGAAAUUGAUAUGUCUUAAGGUUAGGUUAGUAUAUUCACAGGUUGCACUUGGAGUAGAGCUAGUAUAAAGAAAAUGAGGAGAGGAUAAAUUUAUCUCCUGGAAGUUUUUAAAAAAAUCAAUUGCAUAUAGCGUCGGGGACGAUGGAAAAAAAUAUUUUGGGGAAUGAUUGCUUCUAUGUUCUUUGGUUCUCUUUUUUAAACGCAGAUCUUCUAUCUUCUCAUCGACAAAAAUAUAAAUCACACGUGUAUGUGUGUGUGCAUCCAUAAACCUGUAUUUGAAAAUCUUGUGUAUAUGAGAUAUGUUACUGUGGCGACAUGUUCCUUUGAAAUCAAUCAGAUUGGCACGUAUUCCUUAGUCCUAUAGAAAUUCAUAAGCUCUCCACAGUUCCUGCUAAAUCGUGUGUACUUCCGCUUCCGCUUGACAACUGCACUGACAGUAAAGACCUAGCUGGUGUGAAAGUUAAGUGAGUCAGAAGAUAUCUAAAUAUUUAAAUCUUUACAUUAGGAUCGAGAGAAAGAAGCAGUUCUUGCUAGUCAAACAAUGUAAAUCUUGUUUGUUGCUAUUCUUGUCAUUGUUUGUUUAGUAUGUACCACAGAAGGUAAUCUUGUGUGUAUACUUGUCAAUCUGUUAAUUUAAAAAAACCGCAACAUGCAAUGUGCUCAAAGAUGCAUUUUUGUUUUUGCGUUUUAUUUAAACAAUCAUUUUAGUACCAAAUAUUGUGUUUAUUUAUUUCAACAGAAGUUAACAAAUAAAAUUUGUAUACCCUUCUUUAUAAAAAUGUCUGCAUCUCUACAAGUAAAACAUUUUGUGUACAUACGUACAUUCAAAUAAUGCAGCAUACAAUCAGUUAUAUCAUUUCACUCAAAUAAAUGGCACAGAUUUAUGCGUUGCCUUCUCACAUGUCGCUAUUGUGUUUGUCUUCCUAUGUGUCUGACAGACAAAACGAUUGCAUUCUGAAAGAACGUUUAUAUGUCUAACUAUAUAAUAUUUAUCUUAAGGUUGUGUGGGCAUGUACAAAUAUCAAGAGUACACUAGUUACUAUAGUUAUGGCAGGAUCACUAAAAAUCACCCUCCGGUAGGCCGGGAAUUACUAAAUUGAAGAUUUGUGAUGCCGGGAUGAACUGUGACCCGACUGGCUGUGUCAACAUCCGGCAUACAUGUUGAGCUGUCACUGUCGUCGGGACACGAGAAUGGACGCGCGGCAUGUUGGAGAGUUUAUCAUGCCUGGGAAUAUCUGUGUUCUGUUAAUAUUGUUGGUAUUGAUACAUACAGGAUUUUCGGUCCGCAUUGAACAGUGCAAUGAAGGUCAGAUAACCCUAGUGGAACAAAGUACCAUCAUCACAUGCAGCGGAAUCAGCACAGACAGAAAUGUCGUGUGGCGGUACAAACUACGUAAUGGUGAUUAUACAUACAUUGGAACAUGCUGGACUGACAACAGUUGCACCAGUAACGUCGGCCUGAAACGAAUGGGAGAAAGGAGUUCGUUGUUCCUGAUUCCAAAGACAAGGACAUAUGCCGGAAUGACAGUACGAUGCGAGGAAAACAACUGGGUUCACCCAAAUGAAUAUCAUGAGUGUGUCAUUUCGCUAAAAAGUCAAGUGGCGCUGAGUAACUGCCACGUUACAACCAAUGUAUCCAGCUGGUCUUUACAUGGAUCCUGCUUUCUUUACAAGAUGUACAGUUCUCUUAAUAAAUACGAUUGCUACUGGGUUCUUGGUCAGAAAAUCUUCAGGGAUUUUGUGUCCAGAAGCUUACAACUCUACACUGAUAACAGAACAGGGUUGGGCUACUAUCAAGGAAACUGUUCAUUUACCUCAUCAUUACCGAGCAGGAACGGAACCUACACAUACUACAUCGUUAGCAAACCAGAACUUGCUGAUAAUUAUUCUUAUCAGUUGGUCAUUAGUAGUCCAGGUCAACUAGAUAUUUCGUCAUGCCCAGCAUUUGUCCCCGAGAAUGCCAGUGUGACCUGCAAGUGUGAGGCAAACCCACCUGGAAGUCCACCUGGUGUCGUGACAUGGGAGGGACACAAUGACUCAGCAACACUUAAAUUGCUCCACGUGCAUCGUGCUGACAAUGGCCGUAUCUUUGUCUGCCAUCUCACCUGGGCCACAUUGCAAUCAGCAGAAUUUAAGCUCCAGGUUGCCUACGGUCCAGACCGAGCUGAGAUAUCAGAGUCAACCUUUCAGACUGGUGCUGGAGACACAGUAACAAAUCUGACAUGUAAGGCUUCCGACUAUUUCCCAGACGUCCUCUACACGUGGAACAUCCCCUGUCACAUGGAGGUCAGAGUGGACAAGGCCAGUGUCUGCACCAUGACCUUUCAAACUCCCGAGACUGAAGUCACGUGCACGGCAGUCAACACUCAAUUUAGCACGUUGACAGCCGUUGCUGUUAUGACCGUUUAUGGACAAGGUAUGCUGACUAAACGCGAUUUAAAUUGAAACUAGCUUUAUUCCUUCUUCUAUUGUGCUCAUUCCUCCUUAUCUGGUUCUGCUAUACUAUUUAGCUAUCACUCAAGAAAGCCGUCAAUUUUUCUCAUCGAACCAUCCAGCCAACAACCUUUAUCAAGCAAGCAUUAAAAAUCAUUGAUCAAGCAUCCAGCCAUCAUCAUUAUCAACCUUUUUCUAUCAUCUUUCCUUUAUCAUCUUUCCGAUCUUUAGACCAUUCCUGGAAUUAUCAUCAUCUAUUUAAUACGCAUGUGCCGAAUGCUUUGCACCCGCUUAGUGCCGCGAAUUUCUUCAAAGAAGCGGGAACACUUGCAAACAUAAACAUUCACUAAGUUACUGUUAGCAGCUACAGUGUGGUGUACACUAUAAUGAUAACAGUAGCACGUUUUCACACGUGAAAAGUGGAAUGUUUGUAAACCAGACAUUGCACUGUUAUUGCGAUAAACACAAGCACACAGAGAGAGAGAAAGAGAGGGAAACAAGGAUGCUGCUUAACAUGUGAUUUUUACACAAUGCGUUUUAUUUAUUAGCAUUUUUUUAGAUAUUUUGGUUUGUACCUAUUGUUUAUUCGUCGAAUUUUUAUUGCUGUGUCCUGUCUUGAACUUUUCAAGCUCAACUGCUAAAAAACCAAGUGAGUAAUCUUUUUUAUAUUGUUUGUUCCCAAGUAUGUUAUAUCUGGUUUCUUCGCUCCAACCCAUACAACGAAAAAUGACAUUAAAGAUAUCAAUAGUAAUUUACGUUUGGUAAAACCUUAAUUAUUUUGAAUAAAUUUCAGGUGAUGCACAUUAAGAAGUUUAAUUGGGAUUAGAACCCAUGCAACUCAUGCUAUAUCGUGACAAGUCAUGUUUUUAUUAAUGAAUUAAUGGUCUAUAUAAUUGUUGUUUCUGUAUAACAAUGACACUUGCCAAGCAUAGUUGCGAUUAUGGUUUGGUGCUUUUGUUUCCAGAUUAUUGUCAAUUAAAGUUAAAUGAGCAUCUUCAUCUGGUAUAAGUUAAUGAUUAUUAUUCAUUUAAUCAUAUUACACUGAAGACAUUUUCAGCUUUGUUUGCUUUUAUGUACAUUACUGUCAGGUGUAGAGUCAGUUCCAUCAGUAAUUGAUCAGUUUGCACAGGUUGUCUGGAUCCAUGCAAGCAAAAUAAAUGCUGCAUACUUCUUCUACAUUUUUAUUUUCCUGUUUCAGUUGACAUUUUGAUUGGCCCACAGAAAACCGUAAGUCUGGUAAUGAAAAUCACACCCCACACACCCUGGGGUGCAUCUGUUUAUAAGUAUGUGCUUGAGACUAAAGUUUGCGAAAACAAGACUAAGACUAUAUAAAAAAAACAGUUUUCAGUUUAGUUGAAGGCUGUUGGUAUUUGUGUAUUUCUGCUCAGUUUUGUUCACCUUCCUUGUGACUAGUAAAGACAGCUAUAGUGUUUAGAACCUGCGUUCAGAUUUA